AUGACCAUCCACAUCAAUACAACUGCUCCUGAAACCAUUUCUACCCACACCAGUACAACUGCUCCUGAAACCAUUUCUACCCACACCAAUACAACUGCUCCUGAAACCAUGUCCACCCACACCAAUACAACUGCUCCUGAAACCAUGUCCACCCAAACCAAUACAACUGUUCCUGAAACCAUGUCCAUCUUCACCAAUACAACUGCUCCUGAAACCAUGUCCAUCCACAAAAAUACAACUGUUCCUGAAACGAUGUCCAUCCACACCAAUACAACUGCUCCUGAAACCAUUUCUACCCACACCAAUACAACUGCUCCUGAAGCCAUGACCAUCCACACCAAUACAACUGCUCCUGAAACCAUUUCUACCCACACCAAUACAACUGCUCCUGAAACCAUGUCCACCCACACCAAUACAACUACUCCUGAAACUAUGCCCACACAUACCAAUACAACUGUUCCUGAAUACAGGCUCACACACACCAAUCUAACUGCUCCUGAAACCAUGUCCACCCACACCAAAGCAAUUGUUACUGAAACCAUGUUUACCCAGACUAAUGCAACAGCUUUUGACGCCAUGUCCACCAACACGGACGCAACUACUCCUGAAACCAUGUUCAUCCUGACUGGAACAACAGCUCCUGAAAGCAUGUCAGCCGACACUGAUAAAAUGGCUCCUGAAAUCAGGUCCACCCACACCAGUACAACAGCUCCUGAAGCCAUGUCCACCCACACCAAUACAACUGUUCCUGAGACCAUGUCCAUCCACACCAAUAGAUCUGCUCCUGAAACCAUAUUCACCCAGACUAAUACAACAGUUUCUGAAUUCAAGUCCACAUACACCAAUCAAACUGCUCCUAAAACCAUGUCCACCAAGAACAUUAUAACUAUGUCGACCCACAUAAAUUCAACAGCUCCUGAAAACAGAUCCAUCCCCACCAAUAAAAUUAUUCCUGAAGCCAUGACCAUCCACACCAAUACAACUGCUCUUGAAACCAUUUCCACCCACACCAAUACAACUGCUCCUGAAACCAUGUCCACCCACACCAAUACAACUGCUCCUGAAACUAUGCCCACCCAUACCAACACAACUGUUCCUGAAUUCAGGUUCACACACACCAAUCUAACUGCUCCUGAAACCAUGUCCACCCACACCAAAGCAAUUGUUCCUGAAACCAUGUUUACCCAGACUAAUGCAACAGCUUUUGACGCCAUGUCCACCAACACGGAUGCAACUACUCCUGAAACCAUGUUCAUCCUGACUGGAACAACAGCUCCUGAAAGCAUGUCAGCCAACACUGAUAAAAUGACUCCUGAAAUCAGGUCCACCCACACCAAUACAAGUGUUCCUGAGACCAUGUCUGCCCACAUCAAUGCAACUGCUCCUGAAACCAUGUCCACCCACACCAAAGCAAUUGUUCCUGAAACCAUGUUUACCCAGACUAAUGCAACAGCUUUUGACGCCAUGUCCACCAACACGGAUGCAACUACUCCUGAAACCAUGUUCAUCCUGACUGGAACAACAGCUCCUGAAAGCAUAUCAGCCAACACUGAUAAAAUGGCUCCUGAAAUCAGGUCCACCCACACCAAUACAACAGCUCCAGAAGCCAUGUCCACCCACAUCAAUGCAACUACUCCUGAAAAGAUGUCCACUAAUGCUGACAUAAUGACUCCUGAAACCAUGUCCACCCACACCAAUACAACUGCUCCUGAAACCAUGUCCACCCACACCAAUACAACUGUUCCUGAAACCAUGUCCACCUACACCAAUACAACUGCUCCUGAAACCAUGUCCAUCCACACCAAUACAACUGCCCCUGAAACUAUGUCCAUCCACACCAAUACAACUUCUCCUGAAACGAUAUCCAUCCACACCAAUACAACCGCUCCUGAAACUCUAUCCCCCUACACCAAUUCGACUGUUCCGAAAACCAUGUCCAUCCACACCAAUACGACUAUUUCUGAAACCAUGUCAGCCCACACCAAGACAACUGCUCCUCAGAUCAUGUCCAUCCACACCAAUAGAACUGCUCCUGAAACCAUAUUCACCCAGACCAAUACAACAGUUUCUGAAUUCAAGUCCACAUACGUUAAUCAAACUGCUCCUGAAACCAUAUCCACCCAGAACAUUAUAACUGUAUCAGUUCGCAGAGAUUCAACAGUUCCUGAAAUCAGACCUAUCCCCACCAAUAAAAUUAUUCCUGAAGCCAUGACCAUCCACACCAAUACAACUGCUCCUGAAACCAUGUCCAUCCACACCAAUACAACUGCUCCUGAAACCAUGUCCACCCACACCAAUACAACUGCUCCUGAAACCAUGUCCACCCACACCAAUACAACUGCUCCUGAAACUAUGCCCACCCAUAUCAAUACAACUGUUCCUGAAUUCAGGUUCACACACACCAAUCUAACUGCUCCUGAGAACAUGUCCACCCACACCAAAGCAAUUGUUCCUGAAACCAUGUUUACCCAGACUAAUGCAACUGCUUUUGACACCAUGUCCACCAACACGGAUGCAACUACUCCUGAAACCAUGUUCAUCCUGACUGGAACAACAGCUGCUGAAAGCAUGUCAGCCAACACUGAUAAAAUGGCUCCUGAAAUCAGGUCCACCCACACCAAUACAACAGCUCCUGUAGCCAUGUCAACCCACAUCAAUGCAACUACUCCUGAAAAGAUGUCCACUAACACUGACAUAAUGACUCCUGAAACCAUGUCCAUUCACACCAAUACAACUGUUCCUGAAACCAUGGCCAUCCACACCAAUACAACUGUUCCUCAAACCAUGUCCAUCCACACCAAUACAACUGCUCCUGAAACCAUGUCCAUCCACACCAAUACAACUGUUCCUGAAACCAUGUCCAUCCACAACAAUACAACUGCUCCUGAAACUAUAUUCACCCAGACAAAUACAACAGCUUCUGAAUUCAAGUCCACAUACGCCAAUCAAACUGCUCCUGAAACCAUGUCCACCCAGAACAUUAUAACUAUGUCGACCCACAUAGAUUCAACAGCUCCUGAAAUCAGAUCCAUCCCCACCAAUAUAAUUAUUCCUGAAGCCAUGACCAUCCACAUCAAUACAACUGCUCUGGAAACCAUGUCCAUCCAUAUCAAUACAACUGUUUCUGAAACUAUGUCCAUCCACACCAAUACAACUGCUCCUGAAACCAUGUCCACCCACACCAAUACAACUGCUCCUGAAACCAUGUCCAUCCACACCAAUACAACUGCUCCUGAAACCAUGUCCACCCACACCAAUACAACUGCUCCUGAAACCAUGUCCAUCCACACCAAUACAACUGCUCCUGAAACCAUUUCCACCCACACCAAUACAACUGCUCCUGAAACUAUGCCCACCCAUAUCAAUACAACUGUUCCUGAAUUCAGGUUCACACACACCAAUCUAACUGCUCCUGAAACCAUGUCCACCCACACCAAAGCAAUUGUUCCUGAAACCAUGUUUACCCAGACUAAUGCAACUGCUUUUGACACCAUGUCCACCAACACCAAUGCAACUACUCCUGAAACCAUGUUCAUCCUGACUGGAACAACAGCUCCUGAAAGCAUGUCAGCCAACACUGAUAAAAUGGCUCCUGAAAUCAGGUCCACCCACACCAAUACAACAGCUCCUGUAGCCAUGUCCACCCACAUCAAUGCAACUACUCCUGAAAAGAUGUCCACUAACACUGACAUAAUGACUCCUGAAACCAUGUCCAUUCACACCAAUACAACUGUUCCUGAAACCAUGGCCAUCCACACCAAUACAACUGUUCCUCAAACCAUGUCCAUCCACACCAAUACAACUGCUCCUGAAACCAUGUCCAUCCACACCAAUACAACUGUUCCUGAAACCAUGUCCAUCCACAACAAUACAACUGCUCCUGAAACUAUAUUCACCCAGACAAAUACAACAGCUUCUGAAUUCAAGUCCACAUACGCCAAUCAAACUGCUCCUGAAACCAUGUCCACCCAGAACAUUAUAACUAUGUCGACCCACAUAGAUUCAACAGCUCCUGAAAUCAGAUCCAUCCCCACCAAUAUAAUUAUUCCUGAAGCCAUGACCAUCCACAUCAAUACAACUGCUCUGGAAACCAUGUCCAUCCAUAUCAAUACAACUGUUUCUGAAACCAUGUCCAUCCACACCAAUACAACUGCUCCUGAAACCAUGUCCACCCACACCAAUACAACUGCUCCUGAAACCAUGUCCAUCCACACCAAUACAACUGCUCCUGAAACCAUGUCCACCCACACCAAUACAACUGCUCCUGAAACCAUGUCCAUCCACACCAAUACAACUGCUCCUGAAACCAUUUCCACCCACACCAAUACAACUGCUCCUGAAACUAUGCCCACCCAUAUCAAUACAACUGUUCCUGAAUUCAGGUUCACACACACCAAUCUAACUGCUCCUGAAACCAUGUCCACCCACACCAAAGCAAUUGUUCCUGAAACCAUGUUUACCCAGACUAAUGCAACUGCUUUUGACACCAUGUCCACCAACACCAAUGCAACUACUCCUGAAACCAUGUUCAUCCUGACUGGAACAACAGCUCCUGAAAGCAUAUCAGCCAACACUAAUAAAAUGGCUCCUGAAAUCAGGUCCACCCACACCAAUACAACAGCUCCUGAAGCCAUGUCCACCCACAUCAACGCAACUACUCCUGAAACCAUGUCCACCCACACCAAUACAACUGCUCCUGAAACCAUGUCCAGUCAUACCAGUACAAGUGCUCAGAAAAGCAUGGCUUACGUCACCAAAACAAUUGCUCUUGAGACUUUAAGCACCCUUUCAAAAUCUGCACCCCAUGAAACUGUCAUCACCAACAUCAAUAGAACUGCUCCUGAAAUUAGGGGCACUUCCACCAAUUCAAGUAUUUCAGGCGUUAGCUCUGCCCACACAAAUAUAACAGUUCUUGAACCCAUCACUAAUCACUCAAACAUAACCAGUUCUCAAACUAUUAACAAGACAAAUGCAACCACUUCAGGAACUGCAGUCAAUGAUUCUAUUCCUGACCCCCUUAAAAAUUACACUGAUGUACCUUUGGUUGAGACUAAUGAAAGCAGUACACAAACAAAGUCUCUAGGAACUAUUGUUAAUGAAUCCAAUGUGAACUCUGAAGUGAUGAUGGUCAGUAAUAACGAAUUAGCAAUCCUUGAAACAAAAGAGCCAAAUAUUAGUAUACCGAAGUCAGAAUAUACUGGAAAGACUGCAGAUGUAGCUGCUCCAGAAACAAUAUUCAACCUCAGCAAUACAACCACCUUUGGCCAUAUAGGAAGCAACAUCAGUGUGAAUAUUUCCAUAACCAUGAACGAUACUAUCUAUUCAAAUAUUCUUCAAACUAAAGGCACACAUUUCAACAUAUCCACUUCUGAAUUAAUGGUUAAUGUAUCAGCUUCAAGCCUUGCUGGAACUAGAGGCAUAAACAAUUCUACAGCUGCUCCUGAACAUGUGAGCAUUUAUUCUAAUAUAAUUCCUACUGGAAUUAUGGACAAUGACACUAGCAAAAUGAUUCGUGGAAUUAGAAGCAUCAAGAAAAAUGCAACUACUCCUGAGAUUACAGAUAACGACAGUGACUCGACCAUUCAUGAAACUAAAAUCAUUGACCCUGAUUCAGCAACUCCAGAAACGCUAAACAUUGACUCUAAUAAGUCCACUCCUGAAACUGUGGGUACCACAAUAAGUACAAGUGUUGUCAAGACUAUGCCUGCAAGAACCCAUGUAACCACAGAUGAGAUAGAGAGUAUUAGCACCAGUAGAUUCAAAACUGACACAAUGAUCAACCAGACAAGUACAGUCACUGUUCAGAAUUGGGUCACCGAGACCAGUAUAGCUGCUACGGAAAUUAUCGACACCAAAAUCAAUAUUACCACAUUACCCACUCUAACUAAUGGGACCACUUAUGACAAUAUGAUACCACACAUCAAUUCAGCUGCUCCUGGAACUAUGGCUACUCAGGUCAAUAUAGCUGUUCCUGAAGAUAUGGUCAUCCACACUAAUGCAAUCACACCUGAAACUAUCAAAGCCCAUACCAGUGCAACCAUUCCUAAAGUUAUGGUUUUCCAAACAAAUAUAACCACUCUGGCAACAAUGGUCAAUAACACCAAUACAAUCACUCAAAUAAUGGUCAACAACACAGGUGCAAGCAGUCUUGAAAUUAAAGAGACCAACACAAGUAUAACCAUCCCUGAAAAUACUGAAAAGGUGACCAAUAGCAACAUCAGUGUAGGUGCUCCUGAGACAAUGCCAUCCCAUAUAAGUAGGAAUACUUCUGAAAUUAAGGCUACAUUCAUAAAUACAACUGCCAAUAAAAACAUGGGUGAUGACACAAAAGCUGUUGUUCCUGAUGUUGUAGAGAAUAAUGUCAAAACAACUAUUACUGAGGGUCUGGGCAACCAGAACAAUGAUACUCAUCUACCUGCUGCUGGAAAUGCAGGCAUUGGCAUCAACAUAAUGGUUUGGAUUCCUGGGAACAACCACAGAGACAUCAACACAAAUACAACUAUCCUUGAAGCCAUCAGCAGUGAUAGCAAUAUAACCAUUCUUGAGAACAACUGUACAAAUACCAAUAAUUGCACUUUUGAACCUAAUGGCACAGACUCCAAUACACUCACUCUUGAAACUGAGACAGACACUAAGUCAACCAUUUCCAAGACUGUGAGAAAUGAUUCCAAGUCAACCAACCCAAAAGACUGGAAAGCUGAGAACAAUACAACUGUUCAAAGCCAGGGGCUCAACACAAAUAUUGCUAUGAUAAAAAUAAUGGACAAUGACACCAAUCCAAUUCAAACUGAGCCUCGGAGCACCUACACCAAUGCAACUACCGCUGAGACUCAACUGACCAACAAGGACACAACUGCCCUUGAGGUAGUGGGCUCAAUCAACAAUGCAACAACAGCUGAAACCAUGGGCACCAAGACCAGUGUUGGCAUUACAAUCAGUCUUGAGACAGUGGGGAAUGACACCAGUAAAAUUGCAAAUAAAUUCAUGAACAAUAUCAACAAUAAGACUACAGCUAUAAUUACAGGCAAUGAUAUUGGCUCAGUUGCUCCAGAGACGAUAGGUAAAAGUAGUAAUAUGAACAUUUCUUAUCCUGUGGUUAUCAAUACUAAUGUAACUGUUCCUGAAACUAGGAGUAAUGGCAAUGGUUUACUUGCCCUUGAGACUGUGGACAACUCUAUCACUCUAGAAACUAUUGACAUGGAUUCACCUGCUCAUCUAUCUGGAGUCACCAACAUCACAAUGCUUGCUCCUGAAAGUGCAGUCACCAAUACAACUCCAAAAGAUGCCGGCAUUAAAUUAAUCACAAGUGUGCUUGCAAUUACCAACACUUCUAUCAAUGAGACCCUUUCAACUUUCCUGUGA